UGCAAGGAAGGGAGUUGGAUAAAGAUGAGUCGCAUGACGGUCUCGUGCUCCGCAGUCCAAGCUUAGAGAUUUUGCCCUCGAAUCCAAAUGUACAUGUUGUCAGUUCACGAAGCAUUACUUCUCCCCAACCUGUAGAUCAUAUAUCGCACGCAGAAUCCCCUCAUCCUUCGUCCAAAGGAAAGGGUAAAGCUGUUGCAGAUGUUUCUAUGCCACCUGAACCAACUCCGGCGGUGGAACAAACUAUAGUUCCAUCUACCUCGUCGACUACCUCGGCGCCUAAGAGACCCCCUCGAUUUGUCGACCUGCAUGACUCAAUUCAAGUCCAUUUGCGGAGUGAGCGGAGUGAGAGGACAAGGAAGGCCCCUCCUUUACGAAUUAAAGGACAAGCCUCAUUGUCAUCGUUGUCUUCGGAAGCUCAUGGUGUUUCCUCGCUUUCAAUUAAAGGCCAGGGAACUCCCUCGUUGUCGUCUCAAUCAAAUCCCCCCUCGUUGCUCUCCCGCCUAUCGGACACAUACCUAGGUGAAGAUACUAAUCCUGUCAAUAGUAAUCCGGUCACAACGGCUCUUUCAUCACCCAGUAUGUCAAUUGACUCUCGACAUGCUAGUAAGCCUAGGAUGUGCGACCAAAAUGAAGGACCAUUGACUCGUGAGGUUCCCGAAAAGCCUAGAACCAAUCCGUUUUCUCCCGAGCGUACGUCCACAAUCAAUGUGCUUAGCGGUCUCCAGGACACACAAAGCCGAGGCCGAGACAACCGAACGAUGACCAACAACAUGAAAAAUUCAGUCUUUUUGCCAAAAUUCGACACGAAUGAAGGAAGCAGCCGCGCGAGCGCGUUUUUGACGAGAGGAUUUCGAUCAACUUCGAAUGAUCUCGGAGGACCUAAUGACAAUCCCCACGUGGAUCCUGGGUUCACAUACGAACCGCGAAUAAAUGACGAAGCAUUAGGUUCAAACCCACGCCCGUCCUCCUUACCAGUUGAUGGGUCUCACACCACCGUAUCGACUUACAGCAUGCGGCUUUUCCACAAACUGGAAGAAGAGAAGCGACGUUUACAGGAUAACAUUUCAGCCACAUUGUCUAAUUCGGAGGAUUCGGGCGAUGUGGUCGUGGCUCGUGCUCAAUUGAAGAUGAGGCUUGCAUCUGAAAAACGCGCCUCAGAACUUCCAAGAUAGUCUGCAGGAAUCAAUGUAGAAUCGAAUUUGGUCUUCGUAGUGAUUAUAGAAGGGUACGAAGAGAUGCUACAGUACUUUAUAUUAUCCAAGAUCAAUAAAGGAUCCAACAGUCGGGGUAUACGCUAGGAGAGACAUUUAAAGAGCUUGUAUACAUGUACAACAAAACGAAAGUUAGGACUUGAGAGGAGAGACAAUAUCAAGAAAACAUAU